ACUCAUCAAGUGCCCUUCCUUAAGUGAGUUAAUUUAUCAAACAAAUAAUACAAGAUGAACUCGGUUGAAACUGCUUGCUUGGUCGCUUUGUGCCUGUUUGCCAUCGUUUCCACUGGAAAUGGGUUCCCACAGGAGACCGCUGACCAAGGUCAGCCCCUCGCCAACACUUUGUUCGACGAACUCCCAGAGCAAUCGCACCAAGCCGCUACGGAGAAUCACCGACAUAAACGGGCCACCUGCGACCUGCUAAGCGGAUUUGGCGUCAACGAUAGUGCCUGCGCGACGCACUGCAUUCUCCGGGGAAAUCGGGGCGGUUACUGCAACGCCAAGAAGGUCUGCGUCUGCCGGAACUGAGAGCUUAGUCUUUCGGUUAUGUCUCUGACAUAACCAUCUUGCAACUUUUGUGUACACAAAUAUUGGCAAAAUAAAAAAAUGAAAAUAAAAUGGCAUGAUAAUGUUG